CAGGUGGCAAUGGACAAGGAAAUCGUCUCAAUCAACUCUCCCAACCCCACUACGUAUUUGUCGAUCGAGAUCAUUCAGUUUAUGUGUCUGAUUGGGAAAAUCAUCGUGUAAUGAAAUGGGAAGAAGGUGCAAAACAAGGCAUUGUCGUAGCCGGUGGUCAAGGACAUGGAAAUAGUCUUACACAAUUAAAUGAACCUGAAGGAGUCGUUGUCGAUCAAUUGGGUACUGUCUAUGUGGCUGAUUCUGGGAAUCAUCGAAUCAUGCGUUGGCCAAAAGAAGCCACACAAGGAAGUGUCAUUGUUGGUGGAAACGGUAAAGGAGCACAGUCGAAUCAACUCUAUGAGCCCGUUGGUUUAUCAUUCGAUCGAUAUGCCAAUCUCUAUGUCGUCGAUAUCAACAAUAAUCGAGUACAAAAGUUAAUAUUGAAUAAACUCAAUGCGGUGAUUAAUUUUAUCUUUUUGUUCUCUUUCUCUUACAAAUAAAUCGUGAUUGAAUGAAAAAAGGAAUUAAUAGCUAUUCUAUUCGCACGCGCGUGAUCAGGAACAAUCCUGGUGGAGCCAUGGCGAGCGUAAUGCUCAUGCACGCGCGAGAAGAUCCACAUCAUCCACAUGCACCCGUCCGAUGUCAUAUGUCAGUGAGUCUAGAGGCUCGAUCGUGUGCCAUGAACACCAAGACAGUUCCUGGCAGAGCUUUCAGGAACUACCCAGAAGUCCUUCUUAUAAAGCGAACCUAAUCUCAGCGGACAUGACUCAGCCCUCUCACUACUAACACUCACUUCUCUCAGUCUCACCCUAUUCUCGCCUCAAAAAAAAGAAAUAAUUAGGGUGUGGGUGUGGGUGUGUGGGUGUGUGGGUGUGGGUGUGGGUGUGGGUGUGGGUGGGAUGUGGGUGUGGGUGUGGAGGUGGGUGUGAAUGUGAGUGUGCAUGUGGCUGCAAACAAGAGCAACACCACACCCACAUCCAUACCCCACACCCACAACCACACCCACACCCAUACCCACACCCACACCCACACCCAUGCACCCACACCCACACCCACCCACACCCACACCCACACCCACACCCUUCAAGUAUAUCACACAGACGAUGAAAAAUUCUGUACAGCUCAUCCAUUUGUCGGCGAAUUGAAGCUACAUUUGAUCUAAUCGAGUACGAAAUAUAGAUCUACAAUCGAAAUUAGAUACACUUACUGAUAAUGUAUCGACUGUAGAUUGAGACCUUCAAAAAAUGCUUGCUAAUUUAUUGCUUGCUUUUUCUUGCUUGUAAGUGGGCUCGUAUUAAUCGUGCCUUGAGGAAGAACUUUCGGAACCAGAACUAGCU